CAUGGCCAUGGCUUGGCCAGUGCACUGAACCAAGCAAGCAGGCAGCCAUUUCGUCACCUCUUUCUUUUUUUCUCGCCGACGGCGAUUCGAAAACUGGGCGGCCGGCAACACGAUCCGACGCCCGUUCCGAUUGCCGUGCGUGCGUGCGUGCGUGGAAACGCGGAGCGGGCGGCAGUAAAGGACGGACACGGCCAACGAGCCGUGUGCCGGGACCAAGUUGGUGCCGUUCACGCGACGUGGCCUUGCCGCCGCGCGUCCCCCGCUAUAAAGCCCGGCCCGCGCGGUGCGCGCGCGCCUCGGCCUCGGCCUCGCGGCUAUCCUCGCCCACAGGCAGCACAGGCGUCCCGUGCCGCCGCGUGCUCGGACCGGACGGGCGGGACGGGAGCUUGUCCCGGACUCCGCCGCCUCUUCGUUUCGCCACGCGCGCUUCCUUCCGCCGGGGUGCCGCAGCGCCUCUGCGCGCGCGGCUCGACCUUCCGUGGGGGGAAACCAGGAGCGAGCGCGCAGAUGGAUUUGGGGCCAGAGCGGCUCGGCUGCGCGCAUUACAGGAGGGGGUGCAGCGUCGUGGCGCCGUGCUGCGGCGAGGUCUUCGGCUGCCGGCAUUGCCACAACGACGCCAAGAACUCGCUCGAGGUCGACCCGCGCGACCGGCACGAGAUUCCACGCCAUGACAUCAAUAAGGUUAUCUGCUCUCUCUGCACCAAAGAACAGGAUGUGCAGCAGAAUUGCUAUAACUGUGGGGCCAGCAUGGGAAAAUACUUCUGUGGAAAAUGCAAAUUCUUCGAUGAUGACGUCUCAAAGAACCAAUACCACUGUGAUGGAUGUGGCAUAUGCAGAACUGGUGGCGCGGAUAACUUCUUUCACUGCGACAGAUGCGGGUGUUGCUACAGCAACGUCUUGAAGGAUUCUCACUGCUGUGUAGAAAGAGCAAUGCACCACAACUGCCCUGUCUGCUUCGAGUAUCUAUUCGACUCGACGAGGGAUAUCAGUGUGCUGCAAUGCGGGCACACGAUCCAUCUGGAAUGCAUGAACAAGAUGAGAGCGCAUUAUCACUUCUCAUGCCCAGUGUGCUCGAGGUCCGCCUGCGACAUGUCGGAAACGUGGCGGAAGCUCGACGAGGAGGUCGCGGCGACGCCGAUGCCGGAGAUCUACCAGAAGAUGAUAUGGAUCCUGUGCAACGACUGCAGCGCGACGUCGAGCGUGCGGUUCCACAUCCUGGGGCACAAGUGCCCCGGGUGCAGCUCCUACAACACCCGGGAGACGAGGGCCGGCCCGGCGCCAGCCGCGUGCUCCAGGAUCUGAGCGGCGGAGAUCACAAAGACAAACGACGUCAGGGGGGGGGGGGGUGUUGAGUCCAAGCGUCCACAAGGGUAUAAGAUAAUCAUGGAUGGUCAUAGAAACCAAUCCAAUGAAAAAUUGAUCAAAGUUAUUCGAGAAUAGGAGACAAAAAUGGUACCAACAUGUCAAUAUCAAUAAUAUUCUCCAAAAGGUGGUAAUAAUGCAUGCUUUUUU